GUGCCCAGCGACCGGGCGAUUUCCCGGACCCGCCCCCCACGGUUCUCGAAAGCUAAAGCGUGGCAGGGGCUGGGCCGGGAAAGCGGAGGAGGCGGGUCUCCAUAGAAACCUCCACCUGUUUCCGGCCAGGCUGCGAGAGAUUAGGGGCUGCUGCGGGGGCCAAUCUCAGCCAGCUCGCCUUUUCCCGGCGGCCUCUGCGGGAGCGGUGGGUGUUGUACACAAUCAUCAUGGCGGCGGCCGGAGCCCCGGAUGGCAUGGAGGAGCCUGGCAUGGAUACCGAAGCCGAGACCGUGGCGCCCGAGGCGCCCGCACGGCCCCUCAACUGCGUAGAGGCCGAAGCCGCGGCGGGGGCGGCGGCCGAGGACUCUUGCGCUGCUCCAGGCAGCCUGCAGCCGGCCCCGGCCCAGCCCCCUGGGGACUCUGCGGCCCAGGCCUCGGUCAGCAACGGCGAGGACGCGGGCGGCGGCGCGGGCAGGGAGCUGGUGGACCUGAAGAUCAUCUGGAACAAGACUAAACACGACGUGAAGUUCCCCCUGGACAGCACAGGCUCCGAGCUAAAACAGAAGAUUCAUUCGAUUACAGGUCUCCCGCCUGCCAUGCAGAAAGUCAUGUAUAAGGGACUUGUCCCUGAGGAUAAGACGUUGAGAGAAAUCAAAGUGACCAGCGGGGCCAAGAUCAUGGUGGUCGGCUCCACGAUAAAUGAUGUUUUAGCAGUCAACACGCCCAAAGAUGCUGCCCAGCAGGACGCAAAAGCCGAAGAGAACAAGAAGGAGCCUCUCUGCAGGCAGAAACAACACAGGAAAGUGUUGGAUAAAGGAAAACCCGAAGAUGUGAUGCCUUCUGUUAAGGGUGCCCAGGAGCGCCUGCCAAAUGUGCCCUUAUCCGGUAUGUACAACAAGUCCGGAGGGAAAGUGAGACUCACCUUUAAGCUAGAACAAGACCAGCUGUGGAUCGGCACUAAAGAGCGGACUGAGAAGUUGCCCAUGGGCUCCAUCAAGAAUGUGGUCAGCGAGCCUAUCGAAGGACACGAAGACUAUCACAUGAUGGACAGAACUUUUGGCGGCCUUCUCCACAUGUGUGCCCAGCAGAGCCAGGAGCUCCGGAACAAGAGCCCCCGAGCAGCUUAGGCUGACCCCUUCCAUUUUCCCAGCAGUGCUCAAAGGGCCGCCUUAAAAGGGAAGUUCAGCCACCUCCCUCUGAAGUUGCCACCCCAGGGACCCUGCAGGGACCUGUCUGCGGAGGCCAGAGGGGCGGUGCUGCAGCCCCCCCAGGGGGAGCAGCGCUAGGGGCCACCCUGCAGGUUCCUGCACCAAGUUCAGGGCAGGGGGAGCUGCGGGCAGGUCCAGGAGGUUAGUCAGUGGCGUCCCCUCUGCUGUCCUUCGAGGUUUGUCACCUUGGGCACACGUCAGUCCACGGUGGGCAGAGCAGCCCUGGUCGCACACGCACGGGGCUCCUCCGCCAAGGUGGUGACGGCUGCAUGGGGGGGCUCCUUCCGGGCCCUCGGGUAGCCUUUCCACCUCUCUGCUGUCUCUAAAGGAUUGUAGGUGAUUUGUGUUGCCUGCUCAGCUUUUUUUUUAUUUUCCAUUUUAAGAGCUGGAUUUUAAUACUUUCCGCUGGGCCCCUUCGCUUUCUUUUGAAACAUCCAUCUCACCAGUUUGGCCCAGUAGGUGUUACAGCCCCAGUUUUCAAACAGCCUGGGGACGGAGAGGGGUUUCAGACAAGUAGGGGGGACCAUCUCAGUCACCUUUGAAGGAGGGGGCGCGGGCGGCUAAUGCCUUGUUAUUCAGGUCAGUGCUCAUUUCUCUGUUGAGUCGUUGUUGGCAGAGGCAGGUCUUAACCUCCCCUCUCUUUUCUCAACACUGUUACAUGGCACCUCGGCCUUGGCCUUCAUGAAAGGAUCUCUCUCCCUCU